AAACCAAAUAUAUUAAUAAUCUAAAAAAUUUUGCUUCGGUUCAAUCAAACCGAACCAUUACGAGUCCCAAAUUUGAGUUCCAUUUUCCGUCCUGAAAUUCAGAAGACUACAAUAGGUGAUGUUCUGCUUCUUAGCUUUCCAUAAGAUUUCGGUGGCAGUGGAAUAUAUGGCCUCUAAAUUUAAGCCCCACAGCCUCCGCUUCCAUCCAAGUGCGGCGCCAUCGCCGAAGAGGGCUAGGACAGUUAGCACGGAGUCAUCAUCUUCUUCCUCAAUGAAGGACGCUUUUUCCCAAUACGCCGAUUAUCUGAAUAAACUCAAUGACAAGCGUGAAAGGGUGGUAAAAGCAAGUCGUGAUAUCACCAUGAACAGCAAAAAGGUCAUAUUCCAGGUGCAUAGAAUCAGUAAAAGCAACAAAGAGCAGGUUCUAGAAAAAGCAGAAAAGGAUUUAGCAGCAGUUACUAAUCAAUAUAUGUCACGACUGGUGAAAGAAUUGCAGGGGACUGAUUUCUGGAAGCUUAGGAGGGCAUACUCUCCCGGGGUGCAAGAGUAUGUUGAAGCUGUGACAUUCUUCAAAUUCUGCAAAACUGGGACACUCUUGAAUCUUGAUGAGAUAAAUGCUAGCUUGUUACCACUCAGUGAUCCAUCUUUGGAGCCUUUGCAAAUUAAUGUCCUUGAUUAUCUCUUGGGGCUUGCAGAUUUGACAGGAGAACUUAUGCGAUUAGCAAUUGGUCAAAUAUCUGAGGGUGAACUUGAAUUGAGUAAGAGGAUUUGCCAAUUUGUGCGUGAUAUUUACAGGGAGCUUACUCUUGUUGUCCCACUUAUGGACGAUGCUCAUGAUAUUAAGAUGAAGAUGGAGACGAUGCUCCAAAGUGUUGUGAAAAUAGAGAAUGGUAUUCUUAUUUUGCUUGUCUUGUCCAAAAUUAUGUAGAGUAACUAAAGAUUCAGAUCAUCUCAUUUCUAACUUGAGUUUAUUAUACUAAUCAGCUUGGCUUGCCUCAACUUUAUUUAGGACAUAAAAAAUUUUAGUUCAGUUUCCUCAUGAUCUUUAAAUUAUACUAUUUGGAAAUAGUUUUAUAUGAGUAGGUGUGCACUUUGAAGCAUUUGAUUUUAAGAAGAUAAAUCAGUUUUUUAUUUUUUAAAUUAAGUACUUUUGGUUGCAAAAAUUUUAGAUUGUGAUUUAUCUUCACCCUGUCUUGAACUUUGUGUAAUAGACUAUAUGUUUCUUCUGUUAAUCUCUUAUUUGAGUUGUGUUGUAGCUUGUUUUAGCGUACAUGUGAGAGGAUCAGAAUACAUUCCACUUCUGGGAUCCAAUGACCCAAGUACGUUUGUAUUGCCGGUGCCUGAUGAUGAGGAAUUAUAAGUUGGACUUGUCUAAAGGGAGAGUUUCUUGUUCCUGCUCCGAGGACUGAAGCAUUGGGGUGAAAACCCUGUUCAAGUGCAUCUGACAGUUUCUGUUGGUUAUUCGGUAUCUUUUAGCAGCAAAGAUCUUGCACUGUUUUUUUUUUUCGGCAAUGGUUGAUGUACGGUCUUGUUGGAAUUUUCCAACUCAAUGGCAAAGUACUGCUCUCCUGAGAAUAACUGAAAUGAAAAGGGUAUAUUUACCUUCUACUAUUAAUGAUUAUUGAAAAGAACCUUGUACUAUUUCCUGAAAUAUAUCUGUUUUCAUAGU